AUGGGUUCUUUGGGAAUCCUACUUCUUUCCUCCAGUAGAUCUUCUCUCAGAUCUCCACCAUUGUCGUGUCUUAGUAGGUUUACUCUGUAUCUGAAGACUCAACAGGCUGCUGAUGACUUAAGAAGACAAAUGGAAGUAAAAGAAACAGAAAGCAACCAUAUUCACAGUCAAGUUAGCAUGGAAAUAUCACUUGUGCAGAAUCAAUUUCAAGAACAACUGCAGUUAUUGUCAUCAAUACCAGAUGCAGUCAACAAACUACAGCUUCAAGUGCAGGAAGAAGAGCAGCAGUGGUGUAUGGCCGAAUUUCGACGCAGGGAGCUGAUGCACGAGCUUUAUGAUGCUAAACAGCAGAUGGAUUGCUAUACAAAAGAAAUAAAUGAAAUUCAAGUAAGGCUACAGCAAAGUAAAGAUGAGCAGAAGGAGUUACAUAAACAACUAAAGAAUUGUGAGAAGGAAAACGAGGAGUUACAAAAUGAAGUCUCAGCAUUAAAAAUUUUGCUGCAUUUAUCUAAUGCCAUUCAGAGACUGGAUACUUUAAUAUACAGCAUAGAGUUAACAGUGUAA